AUGCCUUCGCCGACCUAUGACCAAAAUGAAUACCCAACGCCAUGUCAGACGGACUUCAAUAAAUAUUCCCCAAGCAUCACGACCAACAGCAUAGAUACGGGAUCAUCUGCAUCAUCUAAUAAAGAGCGUGAUAUUGAGUUUGCUCACUGCGAAUAUGGCCUAGCCCAAGUUGAUGGAGGUAUCCAGGCAUGGUUAUUUUUGAUAGCUUCCGCAAUGCUUGAAGCGUUGGUGUGGGGGUAUGCGUUUUCUUUCGGAAUUUUCCAAGAUUAUUAUAGUGCACAUGAGCCAUUUCGUGGAUCUGGAAACAUUGCUGUUAUCGGGACGUGCGCAAUGGGUAUUGCAUAUUUGCUUGCUCCAGUAGCUAUUGUGGCUAUGAUAUUGGUACCCCGUGUUGCUCGAUGGGUAUCGAGCAUGGGUGUGGUGAUCAUGUGUCUCUCCUUGGCUCUGAGUUCGUUCUCUACCAACGUGACACAUUUGAUCUUGUCACAAGGAAUUGGGUUUGGCGUGGGCGGAUGUCUGGCAUACACCCCCUCGAUUCUGUUCAUGUCGGAGUGGUUUUGCAAACGCAAGGGUCUUGCUUUUGGAAUUGUGUGGGCUGGCUCAGGGUUAUCUGGAGUGAUCUUUCCUCUAGUCAUCCAAUGGCUUCUUAAUCAAUACGGAAUCGAGGCCACCCUUAGGAUCUCGGCAGUGGCACUUUUCAUCCUUGCUGCCCCUUUUCUCUACUUUCAUAGGCCUCGUCUGCCUAUCCGCGAGAGUGUGUGCCACCAUCGACUCAACUUCCAUUUUCUAUGCAGCAAAGUAUAUAUCAUCUAUCAAAUUGGCAACACUGUCGAGGCUUUGGGCUUCUUUCUGCCAACUAUUUAUCUUCCGACUUACGCCCGCAGCCUUGGUGCAAACGAAUUUAUGUCCUCACUUACAGUGACGCUUGUCAACUUGACUUCAGUGUUCAGCUGCGUGUUUGUGGGGUUCCUUUCCGACCGAUACCAUAUCACCACGUGUAUCCUGAUUUCCACUAUUGGCACGGUCGUAUCGGUUUUCCUCAUUUGGGGGUUUUCGGUGACGAUUCCCUCUCUGUAUGUCUUUUGCAUUGCAUACGGUGUGCUCGCCGGUGGUUUCUCAUCGACAUGGUCCGGGAUUGCCAAUGAGAUCCAGCGAGCCAAUCCGGAGGCCGAUGCAACCGUUAUUUUCCCAUUUAUGGAAACCGGUCGCGGAAUCGGCAACGUAGCCAGUGGUCCGCUCAGUGAGGUACUGCUCAAGGCAGAUCAUUGGAAGAGUCGAGCUUGGGGAACUUAUGGAAGCGGUUUUGGCACACUUGUGGUCUGCACGGGUGCAACUGCUCUCGUAGGUGGAAUAUCUGUGAUCGCACGCCAAAUGAAAUGGGUCUGA